AUGAACAAGGUGUUUGGGUCAUUGCUUUCUCAUGCUGAUCUUAUAGGGAUGGGGUUUUUGGGUGGCGGUAGCACCAUGCCAAAUCCAUUUCCCCUGGCAUUCAACUCAUUAGCACCCUCACUCACCGAUGCUAGGAGUACUGUACCAGGAUACUAUGACACGCAACACGACACACAAUAUGGCACGAUGUGGAAUUUCAGCAACCUUGAUUUGCAGGGGUGGGAGAUGCCUAGCCUGUCCUCGUUCUUGAGCUCCCCAAUUUCUGCCGAGUGCACCACCACAAUGGCAACUGAAGAGGAUGAGGUUCUUCCUCACUUUACUCGUCAGUCGCCUAUUCUUCCAGCAGCAAAUCAUCCUGCAGAUGACAGCGCAGAAGACCUUGACAGCAUUCAUACUGGUGCUGGUCUUCCUAAAUCUAAGCGCAAGCACAAGUUGAAGCUCCUGGCUGCCAAGGUCAAUUGCAAUCCUGCUAUAGAACCCACCCCCACCAUCACACCACCUAUGAACACGGCCAAACCCAAGGCCAAACCCAAAGCGAAACCUCUCACCAAGUCUGGUGCGGUAACGGAGACAUCACAUGCUACUGCUGAUGAAGGCAAUACAUUAAGUCAUUUGACUGCCCCCAAUACCGCCACGAAACGGAAUACGGCAGUUGAUAUCGCUGCAGCUCCUCGUGUAUCAAAGCAAAUUCCAAUCAAGUCCAGGCGGAAUGAUGUCGCUGAUACUAUUGGGUCAGAUGGUUCGAUGUUCAUUGACAUUGGUAGGGAAGAUCCACCUGUUCUGGGGGAUGUUGGGGCAUCAAUGACGAAGCGUCCUCCCAACUUGACUAUGGGCAGCGUGAUUCCUGCAAAGAAAAGGCGAACGAAGGCAUGA